GAAAACUAAAGAUUAUUUUCAAUCACAAAUGGGACUAUUAUCUUUAUCAGUGGGAUUCCUGCUGGGAACUGGUGCAACGCUCUAUGCUUCUGACCUGACCUAUGUUUACAUCUAUUCCCACCUAUACGCUCCACACAUGGAGUAUCUGAGGAUUAGGAAGAAGUUUGAAAAUCGUGCGAUUCCUCCAGAAAUUCACAAUACAUAUUGGAAGAACUUCUUUCUCAGUUAUGCUUUGUUCUGGUACAAGAUUCCUUUUGUGCUAAAAUCUCAAUAUUUGGAUGAAUAUGUCACCAGUGAUCAAUACCUAUCUCAAGAGGUACAAAAUUUUACUGGAAAGAACAUUAAUAACCAACAAGAGUCUAAAGAUGAGACAACAAGAAUAGAAUUUGCUGAUAUCGAAAAUAUGCUUGACACUCUAAAACAUAAAGAUCCUGAUAAGUACGAAGAGAUUCUUCAGAAAGGAGCUGGUUAUGAAGACCCCUCUGAGACCCCUCUAGAAAGAGAAAUAAGACAGCACCAGAGUGGAUAAAUUG